AUGCGCACCCAACGGCUGAUCCUUCUGCUCGCCAUCGUCCUCCUCGCAUGCCUCUCGCUCACCUCCUACCCGCCCGAGAAAGUGCACCCGGUCUCCAGCCUGAUCCAGAAUGCGCAGCAGAACUUCGACCAUGUGCAGUCGCGCCAAUCGAAAACCCUGGCCGAGGCGGUCCAGGAGUACCAGCGCCGCUACAAGAUGCAUCCGCCGCCGCAUUUCGACAAGUGGUUCCAGUUCGCUCAGGCCAAGGGUGUAAAACUCAUCGAUGAGUUUGACUCCAUCUACCACUCCCUAUUGCCAUUCUGGGCCGUGGAGCCAGCGACCAUUCGCGCCCGCGCUCGCGAGACCCUGGGCUUUGACAAUGCGGUGAUCGGACUGCUGAUUCGAGAUGGCAAGGUGACCUUGACGGAAGGUGGUGGUGACGGUCGCAAGUGGCAGCGUGACGCCACGGUUGGCAUGAUGAAGGAAUUCGUCAAGUAUCUGCCAGAUAUGGACUUGGUCUUCAACACCCACGACGAGCCCCGCGUGGUGAUCCCUGGAGAAGACCUCCAGCGUCUGGUGCAGACUGCGACGGACCAGGCCAUUCCCGCUGCCUUCAACCGGAAGACCGCGACCAAUGGAUGGUCGCCUCGUGCUGCUGACUUGAACAAGGGCGAUCGCAUCGACGAGGUGCGCACAACUCGCUUCAACCGAUUUGCUCACCAGCCGACCUGGACCAACUCCCGAAUUUCUUGCCCUGUCGAUAGCCCUGCCCGAUCUCUUGACGAGGACGCCCCGGAUAAUGACACCUCCUACGCGUACGGCGAAUUGGGCUUCAUUUACAACACCAGCGCCUUCUCCGAUAUCUGCCACACUCCUUCCCUUCGAUACACGUACGGCUUUUUCGAUCGCCCGAAUGCGUUCGACGUUGUUCACGAUCUGUUCCCAGUCUUCUCGCAAAGCAAGAUCUCCAGCUUCCAGGACAUUCUCUACCCGAGUCCCUGGUAUUGGGCAGAUAAGGUUCCCUACGAAAAAUACAAGGACUACAGCUGGGACGCCAAGUCUGAUCGCAUGUACUGGCGCGGGUCCACGACUGGUGGUUUCUCACGUGCCGGUGGCUGGCGUCGUCAGCAUCGCCAACAGUUUGUGGACAACGUCAACUCGCUGGAACCCACCAAAGUUCUCGCACAGCAGCAAGACGGCUCAUGGGUCUCACAGAACGUCAGCCAGGAUAUCUACCGUGAUUCAUUCGAUGUCAAGUUCACGAUGAUCGGCCAAUGCGAUCCUGAUGACUGUCACGCACAAGAAGAAUACUUUGACGUCGUCAAAGCUGCUGGACAGCAGGAUGCAUGGGCCCACAAGUAUCUGGUUGACAUUGACGGAAAUGCGUUCAGUGGUCGAUUCUAUGCUUUCCUUCAUAGUAACAGCUUCGUUUACAAGAUUGCGAUCUUCCGCGAGUGGCACGAUGAGUGGCUGAAGCCGUGGGUGCAUUAUGUGCCGCUCAGUUUGAAAGGCAAUGAAUAUACGGAGAGCAUGCGGUACUUUACCCUGGAGGAAGAGGGUAAGAGGGCUGCCCCUCAGAUUGCCACCCAGGGCCAGCAGUGGGCACAGCAAGUAUUGCGGAAUGAAGACCUGGAGGUCUGGUUCUUCCGCCUCCUUCUGGAAUAUGGCCGUCUAGUCGACGACAAGCGCGACCAAAUAGGCUACACCCUCUGA